AUGUCCCUCUCCAUCGGUGAUUCUGACAAACCGACUUUCUCCCCCUUCGUUCCUCCACCUGUUCAACGACUCUCUCUUCCACCCACAUCCAAAUCCACCUCUCCUUCAUCACCAACCCCAGGUCCCUCUACUUCAAAUCCAUCUGCUAUAUUCCCUUACCUACAUCGCCUGGAAAUUCGCGACGACAUGGCUUCUCGCCGACAACAGAGACCCCUUCUCGUACUCAAGUUGUCUUCUCCUUCUUUUCUAGAUUCCGUCGCUACAGACCUCGUAGCGGAAACUCCUUUUUACUCAGUCGAAACAGUCGGCUCUUCAACUACUAUAUGGCGUUCAGAUCCAUGGGACGCUUCUGUAAAAAUCGCAGACAUUUGUUGGCCCAAGGAUCUUCCUCUCAAAGGCAAAGGAAGGGAUACCCACGGUGCAAUCAUACAGAUGAGUGAACCUCGUUGGAGAGACACUGACAACUACCUCAAGUAUGGCAACCUUGGAAACUCACGCAAGUUCACCUUACCAAACCAUCCCCAUACGUUAAAGUGGAAGCGAACUGGUCGCACUUAUCAGUGCACAUCUUCAUCAUCCAAGCGACUAAUCGCAUCCCUCGAUAUACAAGACGACCAAAACAAUCCAAGACUUAAAGUUUUCGAAACCCUUGGUCCUGUCCAUCAAUCAGUUCCUCAAGUAGAACACGCUGGAAUAUCCCUUUCCCUACUCGAUAACCUCUUUGUCACCGCUCUACUACUCGUUACAGAGCCUGACGAUUGGAUGACUGUAAGGCACAACCCAAAUUCACUCGAUACCCCAGCAACAGAAUCCGAAUCCCUUCCUAAAUCCACAUCUGCUCCUGCAUCUGCACGUCAGUGGCGUAAAAUCAUGUAUGGCGAACCUCUAUAUCCUUCCCUCAAGACCCCUGCAAUAGAUACCCGCUGUAAUGAGGAUGCAGAUGUACUUGAUAUCUCCGGCACAGCGCCCCCACCUACAUCUGUAAAUCAAUGGCGCAAAAUUGUAUAUGGCGAACCGUUAUACCCAUCAUUACGACCUCAUAGUGCAGACGGUAGCGACUUGCCUCCACGCUCGGGUACAGCAUGGGACUCUGAAAGCAUCUCCUCCGAGUCCGUCUGCUAUCCCGCAACCCCUUGUUCAGCACCAUCCAGUGAAUUCCAUACAUCCACAUUUUGCGAUGACUCAGAAAGAGCCGCUCCAAGGAUCAAUACCAACAGCCGUUAUUCAACUCCCCUUAGCUUUUCCCCUGCACCAAUAUCACCCACCCCAGUAUCUGAUUAUAUCCCACUGUCAUCGCAGCCUUCCCCCUCGCCACGUGCGGGUACACGGCGAGAACUUCCUGCGCCGCCAUCUUCAUGGCACCCCCCUCCUGGAUCACAGCCGUGGCUUCACCGAUCGAGAUCGUCACCCCGAUUAUCAUGUAUCCCAACAACAAGCAGGCACACACCAUCAGUCACGGAAGACGGAGUGCUCAUCCCACCGACAGUGCUAGACAGUGAUAUGGAUAGUGUGGGUGGUACGCCUCCGUCUCGCUGCCGUGCUCUUUCUUCGGGAUCUGUCGUUCGGCGCCGACUACCCACCGUCCCCUCAAACCCCGUGUCCCCUACUAGCUCACCUCCUGCUCGACCCAAACGCCUUCCCACACUGGCUCGUACGCUUCCCCCGACGCCUGCCUCGAUACCUCGCUUAUCUUCCACGGGGCAUCGGUACACCCACUCGUCCAAUGUCGUCUCAACGCCGAUAUCAGCGACGAUGCCCACGCGGCCAUCAACUGCACAGCAACCGCGGGGUAGGACUCGUCCGGAGAAGGAUGCUGAUGAGGUGCUAGGGUGGGUGCGUAAUGUCACGCGAGCGCACCAUCACCGACGCGCGGUCGAGGAGCACGCGGAGCUAGAAGAAGCUCCACCACCAGCGUACAACGCCAUCGACUUCUCGACGCCCCCACACUCCCGCGCACUCCCCCAUCCCAAUUAA